AAGCAAAAAACAUUGAGACUUCAUGAUUACUUCUAUCCUCAUUAUUAAAUAUUUUUGCAUUAUUUUUCUCUUUAGUUUUUUCCUCUUUAUCUAUUUUUGGCAUAGAGUGUACACUCAGAGUGUUUAUAUUUUAGUUUUGCAUUUUCUCUUUAAUAACCAACUGGUUACCAUUUUGGUGAGUCGUGUCAUGCUGUCUAUAUGGUGGGCCAUCUACGAGCUACUACUUUGCAGGUGGUAGAAGGUUUCUGCAUUAUGACAAAAGUUUGCUUCAGGUGGCCUCUUAAUGGGAUGAUUUGUAACUUCCCCAGGAGUACUCUUAGUUUAUUUAGAAUACUUUGUUACCAGUGGAAACGUUUGGAGAAUACCCUGCUGUGAACUGAUCACCGCAGCCUUGUAAUUUACUAAACCUAUAAACAGGAACAAUGAAAGGCACUUUCAAAGGGUGCUGGCUGAAACCAAACUGAGAACCAUGUUUGUUGGCAAUUAGGUGACAGUACAUCUGUAUUUUUGCUUAAUUCUGAGUAAAUUGCUUUGAAGGUGUGAAACAAUACUGAAGGCUACACCCAGAUUGGAUGUACAUGAAAGGCCAAGGGGUGACCUAACCUGGAUCUGUAUAUAAGGAUUUGCCUGCCAAGCUUUUGUGCAAUGCAUAUCAGCCACGUCUGGCACAGAGAUGCAGCCUACCAGCUACCUUUUGAUUACCGUCUACCACUGUAUGGCAUUACCUUGGCUAAGCCAGUCGGAGAAACUCUAUCAUAGUCGAGACCGGUCAGACAUGGAAACUUCAACUCUUCAACAAGCAGAACUUGUCACAGACCUGACCUCGGCCCAGGUAAAUUCUCCUUGCAGAGACCCAUGUUCAUACACCCUGUACUAGAAUUAAGCAUAGUGACACAUAUCCCAUACCGUUAUGUAAUUAUUUUUCAAAAUGUUGUGGACUACAAACAGCUAUUUAAAGAGGAACUAUUACUUAUCAGAAUUUCUAAUGUACUGUAUGUGAGAAUUAUUUAUUUGUGAGGUGGUGAAAUUUGUAAUUUAAUAUAGAAAGCGACAGCACUAUAUUUACCUCUAUCUUGGAACUGAGUGCCACCAUUUUGACUCCCUGUCAGUCAUUGUUACAAGUGUUGCACUCUACACCUGUCUGUCAGGAGAUAGAGGAGAAGAUGCAGAAACAAUGUAUCUAUUUCUCCUUCUCAAAUGCAUUCUAUGCCCUGGCUGUGCCAGGACUGAUCUACUGAGCACUUGUCUUAAUACCAAUGUGUCUUCUAUAAUAGGCUAAAUAGCAUGUACACGCAAAAACAAAAUUAAAAGUUAAAGUGUGUUUAGGUACCAUAACCCCUACGGUUUUCCCCUGGAACCAUCUCUUUGUUAAGAAUCAAAACUUUUUUGAGUGAUGUGAUAGUUACAUUGGUCCUAUAGGUGCCCACAGUUGGACCCACUUCUCUGAUAAACCAAGAUUGCUGGAGCCAACAAAGAACUCUCAAUAUUAGUAAACAGCAAUAAAGUAUAUCAUUAAAACCGGGAGAGGUCUAUGUAGGCUCUGUCACUGCUUGUAAAUAUUUAAUUUAAUGACCAUAUCUCUUCUAUAUGUAAAGGAAAAUGGCUUAAUCCUCUCAGGUAAAGGGAAAAUAGCUUUUAUUUGUACUUUACAUCAUGGCUGGGACAUGCAGUGGGAAUUGCUCUCCCGGGAUUAAUGCUGAUGCAUUUCACAUCACUUCUCUGAUUCCGCCAAAGACGAAUUUCUCCUUCCACAUAUAUCAACUUUGUCCUUAUUCUGUCCACUGGCGGAAUUGUCAUUAAAGUGGAAAAAGAUGUUACUCUAUAUAAUAACUAAAAUGUGGCUGGACUGUGGGUACAAGAGGGAAUCAAAUAACCGUUACACUGUUGUAAAAUAGAGGUCAGCACCAAGGGACACCUGGUACCAUAGCCACUACACAACCCUGCAGUGAUAAUGGAGCCUAGAUUGAUGGUUUAAAAGAAAAAUACUGUAUUUCCCUACAAAUCAUUUACUUGAUUGAGAUCUAUUUUCCUAAAAUAUAGAACUCCUAGUAACAUGGAGACUUUAGCUAUUAUAGGCAUAAGUCAAGGAUAUCCACCAACUUUUAGAAUCAAGAACAAUGAUUUAUAUGAAUGUGAUAGGCCUGCCAUUCAUGAUCUAGCAUAUAUGUUUAAAUUCUUUAGCAAUUUUAUCACAAAACAAUCUGAAAUUGUGUCCACUCUAGAUAAUAUUACUGAGUAUGGUUCCAUUAGAAAGAGUUCCUUUUGGACUCAUAUUUCUGUUUUUAAAGAAUUUUUUGAUAAGUAGUAUAUUAACUAGUUUUAAUUAUAUGUUUAAGAACAAUUUCACUUUUCUAUUUUUUAGUUAUUUAUUUUUUUAUUUCUUUUUAGGAUUUUUUAGCCAAAUAUGGUUGGACUGAGCCAGUAAUAUGGGACUCUUCAAGCACUAGCAAUGAUAAACAUGUGAGGGGUCUUCAAAUGAUUCAGGAGGGGAUGAGCAAUUCUAAAGAAGACUUUGCUGAGCCAACAAAAAGCCCCACAUUUAUUGAAGCCCUCAAAAAGUUUCAGAAGUUAAAUAACUUGACAGCGACUGGGAUAUUAGAUGAUGCCACCAUAAACGCAAUGAACAAGCCACGGUGCGGUGUGCCAGACAACCAGAUUUCAAAGUCAAACCUUGGGGAAGAAACUCUUCAAAGGACAUCUACUAAUGAAACAGGAGCUUCCAAUAAUGACACUAAGAGUUCCAACCCUCCAAAAGUCCGUAAGAAGAGAUUCUUAGAUUUACUGAUGUCUUCAGACAAAUACAAGAAAGACCAAGAAGAGCAACAUGGGGUAGGAGGAAAAAUAUUUAGCAAAAAGCUGCUGAAAUGGAGAAUGCUUGGAGAGGGCUAUAGCAGUCAGCUGUCCAUUAAUGAGCAGAGGUACGUCUUCAAAUUAGCAUUUCGGAUGUGGAGCGAAAUUAUGCCACUGGAUUUUGAAGAAGAUAACACGUCCCCAUUAUAUGCAGUGGAUAUUAAACUAGGAUUUGGAACAGGUAGUUACACUUCUUUACACUUCCAUAUUAUGUGAUUUUUGCUUUAUAUAAAUAUGUAUGAGUUAUUGUUUGCAGAAACAUUUACUAUAAAUAAAUCAAAUUUAAUUGAAUGUUUUCAAGGUUUUGGUUUGCACACAGCUGCUUGCAGUGCCCACCAGAAGGUGGGGGCACUGCAAGGAGCAGGCAGGCCAAUGGCCUGUCAUGGGCAGCCCAGGAGAUGGCCAUACCACCACCUAUAUGGCACCCCCGAAGCGGACACUUAUUAAGCAAGGCACAGUAGCCACAGUGCUUACCCCAUGUGGCAGGUGCAUACUCUACAGACACAUGGUGAGAUUAUGUGUUGGUCAUUAAAAGUGUGUCUGUCAGUGAGUGUGUCUUUCAGCGUGUGAGUGUUUUAAAUCCAUGAGAUUGUGUGUCUCUUAUUGAGUGUGUGUCAGUGUUUGUCAGUGAGUGUGUUUGUUCCAAAUAACUGAGAUUGUGUGUCUGCCUUUGAGAGUGUGUGUCUGCGUGUUUUCAGAAGCAUUAAUGUAUAUGUACUUUUUGAAAUCUUUGAGUGACAUUUCUCUGUAUAAUAAUGUUUGCUUUUGGUGUCUGCUGAAUUGGGUUGUUUGUUUCUCCUGUGUGCUUUGGACAUAUCCCUUCAUAUCAAGAUUCAUUUUUUUGUUUUUAAGAAGCAUUAAUUUAUCUCUCACCAUGUAUUGGGCAAAUAGCUCAUUUGGCAAAUUCUAUGGUGACAUGACAUCUAUCCUCCUCUCCAUAUAAUGUCUGCUAUAAUUGUGCCAGCUGAAUAUGAUUUAUGUGUUUUAUUGUAGUGAAGGUAUAUAUGCAACAAGCUGGAAUUGUUUUAUUUUUUUUAUUGAUAAAUUUUAGUUGUGUGUACCCUUGUCUGCAUAGUUGCUAACUAUUGCUAUCAAUGGACUGUCUGACAGACCAAAAUGGGCAUUAAAGGAGAGGUUUGCCUGUCUGAAUGGCUGACAUUACAGUAAUACUGUUGUAUAACUACUAAUACUAUACUAUCACAUAGCGAUACUGUAAUGUUGUGCUAUUAACCACGAGAGAGAGGCUGCGCUGUACCAAAAUUAUCAAGAAACAAUUUCAGGUUUACAUUCGCACAAACAUUCAGUGCGCACAAAAUUAUGGAUCAGGAAAAAGAGAAAAUAAAUAAUUGCAUAGCAGAAAGAUGUUGGCCUGAUUUUUGUUUUGGGGUGGGGGGGGGGGGAGAAGGGUGGACGUUGGCAGCAUUAGGCAACAGCAUCAUAAGAAAAAUGACCCAAAGUUUUGAGGGAGACCAUACAGACCAUACUGUCCCUCUGAAUUUUAAAACCUACCAACGUCCAAGCCUAUCAUCCAAAGUUAUUAUUUAAACGGCCAAAUGUAAAAAAUAUUGCAUAUUCCCGAUAAUUAUAUAUGAGCUAAAUCACAAACAAAGGUUUUACCACAUCUCCCUUUAUAAUGAACACUUUCAUAUGCACAUAAAAGUGCACAGAAAUAUAGAUAAUAUAGGUACAAAGAUAAUUAUCUCUCUCUGAAAUGUGCACUUGAGCAAACCCUCUCCAUUCUUGAAUAAGCGACUCUGGGUUAAGUUUUAUAAAGCAGACGAGAAAUAAAUCACUUGUACGAUAAGAUCAUUGUGCUGAUAUUCUAUGUACCACUUCUAUUUUACUAAAUGUCUUUAUUUCAAGGAUCACUUCAAUCCAACGCUAAGAGAUUCUUUCUCUAAGUAAUGUCACUUUGCCUCUCUCACCUUCUCAGGUCGGCAUUUAGGAUGUACUCGGACGUUUGAUGGCUCAGGGCAAGAGUUUGCACAUGCUUGGUUCCUAGGUGACAUUCACUUUGAUGAUGAUGAGCAUUUUACGGCACCUAACAGUGACAAUGGCAUUAGCCUCUUGAAAGUAAGUACUUUUUUCUUUUCUUUCCCACUGUCAAUUUACUUAUACUUAAAGGACAGAUCAUGUCAUCGUCGGACAUACCAUGUGCAUUUUGCAAGCUAUGUAUAAAUAAGUAUAAUACCUAUUCUUACUAUUGUAUAUAAUGUUUUUGCAGAAAAAUUGAGGAUUCAUUAUCGUUUGCACUGCAGACUUCUUUUCGGUCAGUGGCUGCUUGUACAGAAUUUUAAUUUGGGUGAAAUAGCUCAUGAAUUGUUCAGAUAUUUACUUUAAGGCCUAGGCUGCCUGAUUCGGAUGAGUUUUGAUUUGGAACUUGUCCAGAUCAAUUCAAAGGCAGUUUGGUAAAUUACAGAUGAUCGUAAAUCUAGUGCACUACCUCCAAAUUGCCCAAUUUCUCUGCUGAAUUAUUUUCUCAGAGAUUGCCUUACGAAAUUCCGAGCUUAGUGAAUAAGACUAGAUAGCUCAGCUACUUUUUAUAAAAUGUUUUUUUUUUUUUUAAAUAUUAAUGAGAAAUAAAUGUAUUGAAACUGAACUCAUGAAAAUGUAUUACUGGUCUCUAGUUUCAGUACACAGUUACAAAAGAAUGGUUCGAUUCCUGGCACAUACUGACAAAUAAAGAGAAAAGUUCAUUACAAUGUUUGUGCCCAAUUGGGAUCUGUUAAAUAAAUUUAUAGUAUGUGUAAACUGAUUGCAUUAUUGCUGUUCUUCUGAGUGUCAUAACAUUGUAACAGGCAGUAAUAAAGUAUAGAGCAAUACCCCCAACACUGUAGGGGGUAUUGCAGGGUCUAGUUUUGUUUAACCCCUUAAGGACACAUGACAUGUCUGACAUGUCAUGAUUCCCUUUUAUUCCAGAAGUUUGGUCCUUAAGGGGUUAAAAAGGAGUGUGGCUGACUGGUGAAUGUGUACAUCAUUAUUUUUUUUUUUACUGUUAAAAAACCACUAUACGUAUUCCUGACACUAUAGUGAUAAAAUCACUGUUUAAGUUUUGGUCUCCCUUUGAAAAGGUAUUUUUUUUUUUUUUUAAUUUGUAUUUUAUUGUUUUCAAAAUGCAGAAAGGGAUACAGAAGGAAAAAGGGUAGGUUAAUGGGGGUACACAUCAUUCUGUAUUUUUCACAUCGGUUAGCAGUUGGUAGAACAAAGGACAGUUUUAUUACAUAUACUCACUCGGUACAGUAAUAUUUACAUGCUUGUACAGUAUACUUUCUUUUGAUCACGUUUGUGCGAUUGCCUUUAUUCUUGUGCUAUUAAAUGUCUAGGUAGAUGCUGAAGUGAGAUGUACUCUUGUUUACCAUAAUUGGUUUUACGGUGCGUUGGUAGUGCGUUGCUGGCUACCAUUAAUUAAUUCAGUACAGCUCCUUGUUAUUUUUCUCAGAGUAGCUUAAUCCUGAGUACGUGAGUUAGUGGUGCACUUUGAUUUAUCUUGUCCCUGUGGACCAAGUGGGCAAGUUGUUGGGUGAUCCCCCAUGUAGGGGUUAGAACUUGAUAUGGGAUGGGGAAAAGGGGAGUUGAAUCAUUGGUGGGGCAGGUGGGGGGAGGGGGGUGAGUGUGUCAAUUUUGCUUAUGGGUUUUGCCGGUGUCUGAGCUUGGGUCGUCGGUAUAAUCGCAAUGGGGGUGGUUUCUUAUGCUUGUCAGUUUGUUGAUGGUUCAUGUCUGACCUUUUUGUCUCGUCCACCUCUCCCUCCCAGUCCCCCCAGCUGAUAUCAAAUUGAAGGUUUUUUUUGUGGAGAUAGUAUCGCCAUUCUUUCGUAUAUUUUGUACUGGGUGAGUUUGGUUUGGAGUUGAGCUAAGGAAGGGCAGAUUUGAGAUUUCCAAUGCAGUGCUAUUAUGUUUCUCGCAGCUAAUAUGGUAAGGGCUGUCAUUUGCUUUUGCCCGAAGGUUAGGUAAUCUGGGAGUAACAACAAAAGGCAAGAGGCUUUCGUUAAUGGGAAUGUGGGUGUGCCCAAUUGCUCCAGCGUUUUGGUUACCACCGUCCAAAGGGGUUGGAUGUUGUCUCAUGACCACCACAGGUGCUCCAACGUGCUCGUAGAUGUGUUACAUCUCCAGCAAGUCUGGGGCGUGUUGGGAUAUAUGCGGUGGAGUCUCUGUGGGGUCAUAUACCAGCGGUAUAGGAGUUUUUUAUGGGCUUCGAUUAUUAUUUGGACAGGCAGUUGAGAGCACGUAACCAGUCGUUGUCUGUCAGUGUCGCUCCGCAGUCCGUCUCCCACUGAGCUUUAUAUGUGUGUGGCUUAGUUGCUGCAAGUUCUUGCCAUGCCUUGUAGCAUAAUGUGAGUGUUUUGGGUUUGUUGGGUGAUGCCUAGCAUUGUCUAAAAUUAAAUAUGAGGUGGUUCUAGCUGGGUCUUUAGAUUUUUGUGGUGGAGACGUGUGUGCCUGUAGAGCACUUUUUAUUUGUAAGUAGGAGAAAAUUGCUCAGUUCGGUACUUGCCAUUGCGUUUGCAGGACUGGGAAUGGGAUUAUGCCUUUGGUGUCUAGUAAUUGUGAUAUUUUGUGUUAUCCCUGCCUCAGUCCAACCUUUGAGGGGGAUUUCUGGUACAAUUGCUUUAAGAACUGCGAUUGGCAAUUUGGUAUGUAGUGUGUUUUUGUGGCCUAUCGUCUCCAUGAACGUGUCCCAUAGAGAUAUCGUGAGGUGUGUAGUUGGGAAUAGGUCAGUGCAUCUGGUUAUGAAUUUCUUGGGUGUACAUAGGUAAUCAAUUAAAGGCAUUUCUUUAAAUUGUGCUCUUUCCAUGUCAACCCAUUGGAGCGUGCCGGGCUGGGCAUGGAGGAGUAUGCCGGUUGAGAGUAUCACUGCUCUCUGGUAUUGUUUAAUGUUUGGGAGUCCCACUCCUCCCAUUUGUGGUGCGGUUUGGAGGAGUGCCAGGGACACCCUGGGUCUUUUACCACCCCAGAUAUAAGUACCACAUAGUUUUUGUAGUGCUUUGCAGUAGUGGGGUGUCAUCCCAAGGGGUAUCAUUCUAAAAAUGUAGAGGAUAUGGGGGAGAAUCAUCAUUUUGUACGAGUUGACUUUCCCUAACCAGGAGAUUUUUGUGUGUUUCCAUUUGUUCAUUUAUGACUUGUAUAGUGUUAGAAGAGGGUUAUAGUUUAAUUGCGAAGUGAUAGAUAUUGAGGGUGCUAUCUUCACCCCUAAGUAUGUUAUUGAGUUUGAUUUCCAUUCAAACGGGUAUGAGGUAUGUAGUGUUCAUAGCAGGGGUUUUGGCAGGUUUAAAGGUAGGGCUUGUGUCUUAUCCUGAUUCAGGCGAUAGUAUGAAAUGUUACCGAAUUGUUGUAACAGAUCAAGUAAGGGAUCAAGGGAGCGUUUAGGGUCCGACAGUGCUAUAAAGAUGUUGUCCGCAAAUAAAGCUAGGCUAUACAUCUUGUCAUGGAUAUUGACACCUACUAUCUUGGGAUGUGCUUUGAAAAGGUAUUUUACUCACCUUUAUUCCAGCACUGUGCUGAUCUCGCCUUGCUUCACUUCCAUAGUUGAGAUCAUCAAACAUGAUGAUCUCAGCCAAAGCAAUGCUUUGGAGGCUUUUGCGCAUGCAUGGAACACCAUGCUGUGCCAAUCAGCAUCUCCUCAGAGAGAUGCAUUAAAUCACAGAAGCUCUAUGGGAAAUGUUCAGCGUCUCCAAGCAGCACUGACACAGCAAGCACCUCUAGUUUCCGUAUGAGAGCCACUAGAGGGGUAAGUAGGCAGCAAUUUAAAAACUGACUUUUCUCUGAAAAGGCAGUGUUUACUUUAGAGGGAAAAAAAAGCCUGCAUGGACAGCUACAAAAAAAAAGCAAAGGAAAGAUGACGAAAGAAAAAGAAAUGAUAGAGUUAGAGUGGAAAAAAAUGGGUAGUCAAGUUUAUUGUUCAGAAAGUCACAUGCCUCCACCAUGGGUAACAGAGGACUGAUUGUUUAGCUUGGCUCUCAAGGAUGGAAAGAGAAAGGAUUGGUUCGACACUUUUGGCAAACUCAGAGAUGUGUAGAACACUACGUGUCCAGUUUUGGUUAGGCUUUAGAAACUCUGCAUUCCCUCAAAUCCAUCUGAUGUUGGUUGCUGAUGUGCUAGUGAGCAAGAGAUCUGUGCUUUCAGUGGUUCACAGUAAUAAAAGCCUAAAAGACCUUGCGAUACGAUGUCACAUUGUGUCACUUUCAGUCUUUGCUAACGCAGACCAAUUAUGAAGUAGUGUUGAUCUGUAACUCUGAGAAAGUAUGCAGUGUGGGGGUGACGACUCCCUGUUGCUUGGAGCUCAUUCAUUCAUGGAAUCUGCUUCUCUUAUUCCAUUUCCGUUAUAUAUUCCAUCCCGAUGUGAUAGAAUUAAUUAGGAAAACUGACAAAAAUAAGACCCAGCAGCAUACGUGCAGAGUAUUUUCCCAGAACAUACAUACUAAAAUCUAUUCUCCCCAAAGAAACUUGCAAGGUAAAAACAAAAAAAAGAAAAUAUAUAAAUAUUGCAUAACUUUGAAUAAACCGACAAGUUUUUUGAAUGCUGAUUAUCAAGGCACAGAAAGGGACAUUUUCCUAUUGAAUAUUAAAAAAAAUGUAAUUGAUGUUCACUUGACUUAACAAUGAUUGCCGUUCUAAUGAAAAGUAUUAUAAAAGUUAAAGUAUUACAGAGAUUUAAAAAACAAAAAACAAAAAAAAAACCACUUUUGCUUGAGAAUAUAAAAUUUUAUAAACCCGUCUCCCUGUGGAAAGUGUCUGUCUUCCCCACUGAUAUCUUUGAGCGUUACAUUUUUUUUGAUAUGGUAAUUCACUGCAGGCUUUGUUACUUCAAUGUAUGUCUCGCUGGGAUAAGGGUUUGUGUAGGUUACAUGCUGAUAUGGUAAUAAAGCAGUUCAUACAGUGGUAAUAGUACAAUGGGGGUCUAUUCACUAAACAGUAAGUUCUGCUGCAAUCAAAAACUAGGUCAAAAUAGCCAAACUGGAAAUAAUCUACUACUUAAAGGGCAUUUUCCAGCUACGUCUUUUGUUCUAAAUUUUAGUGUGUUGCUGGAAAUCAUGAUUUAGUAAAUAUCUCACUUUGUUACAUAGUUACAUAGCUGAAAAGAGACUUGCGUCCAUCAAGUUCAGCCUUCCUCACAUAUGUUUUUUGCUGUUGAUACAAAAGAAGGCAAAAACCCAGUUUGAAGCACAAUUUUGCAACAAGCUAGGAAACAAAUUCCUUCUUGACCCCAGAAUGUCAGUCAGAUUUAACCUUGGAUCAAGCAGUUAUUACCUUACAUUGAAAGAUUAUAUCCUUGAAUAUUCUGUUUUUGCAAGUAUGCAUCUAGUAGCUGUUUGAACAUCUGUAUGGACUCUGAUAAAACCACUUCUUCAGGCAGAGAAUUCCACAUCCUUAUUUUUCUUAGAGUAAAAAAACCUUUCCUUUGCAUUAGACGAAAUCUUCUUUCUUCCAGUCUAAACGCAUGACCUCGUGUCCUAUGUAAAGUCCAGUUUGCGAAUAGAUUUCCACACAGUGGUUUGUAUAGGCUCCGAAUAUAUUUGUAUAAUGUUAUCAUAUCCCCUCUCGACGUUUUUCUAAACUAAACAGGUUUAAAUUUGUUAAUCUUUCUUCAUAGCCGAUAUGUUCCAUUCCUUUUAUUAAUGUAGCCCGCCUCUGCACUUUUUCUAGUGCCAUAAUAUCCUUCUUUAGAACAGGUUCCCAAAAUUACACAGCAUAUUCAAUAUGUGGACCUACCAGUGAUUUAUAAAGAGGCAAAAUGAUAUUCUCGUCCCGAGAAUGAAUGCCUUUUUUCAUGCAUGACAAUACCUCACUGGCCUUGGCCACUGCUGAUUGAAAUUGCACAUUGUUGCAUAGUUUGUUGUCUAUAACAAUUCCCAAGUCCUUUUCGUGUUGUUAUCCCUAAUUUGCUUCCAUUAAGGGUAUACGUUGCUUGUGUAUUCUUUACGCCAAAGUGCAUAACUUUGCAUUUUUCAACAUUCAAUUUCAUCUGCCAUUUGAGUGCCCAGUCCCCCAGUCUAUCUAAAUCCCUCUGCAGCAAAGUAAUAUCUUGCUCACAUUGUAUUAUUUUACAAAGUUUUGUCAUCUGCAAACACUGAAACAUGACUUUCAAUGAUGUCUUCAAGAUCAUUUAUAAACAUGUUAAAUAGAAGGGGUCCCAGAACAGACCCCUGAGGGACACCACUUGCCACCUCUGUCCAGCUUGAAAAUGUAACAUUAAUGACAACUCUUUGUACUCUGUUUUUAAGCCAAUGUUCUACCCAAGAACAAGCAUUUUCAUCUAGACCGAUUUCCUUGAGUUUGAACACUAAUCUAUUGUGUGGAACUGUAUCAAAUGCCUUGACAAAAUCCAAAUAGAUCACAUCCACUGCAACACCCUGAUCUAUACUUCUACUUACUUCUUCGUAGAACGCAAUCAAGUUAGUUUGACAUGACCUGUGCUUCAUAAAACCAUGCUGAUUUUCUGAUAACCAUGUUCUUCUCAAGGAAUUCUUGAAUAUUAUCCCUUAAUAACCUUUCAAAUAUUUUCCCAGCCACAGAAGUUAAGCUCACAGGUCUAUAAUUUCCAGGCAAUGAUUUUGAACCCUUUUUGAAUAUAGGAACCACAUCGAGUGGCAAAUACUCUAUGUAAAGAGCAAUAUUGUUCAGUUACUGAAUUAUAAGUAGAACACUGUGUUUGACCUGGUAAAUUAGAAGCCCUGUGACACCUGUUGUUUAAGACUCCUAAAUGUCAUGUACGGUAGCUUAAAGGGACACUAUAAGCACCCAGACCACUUCAGCUAAUUGAAGUGGUCUGGGUGCUGUGACCCUUUUGCACUUAGUGCUGCAAUGUAAAACAUUGGAGUUCCAGAGAACUGUAAUGUUUACAUUGCAGCUCUAAGUCUGCCACUAGAAGGCUUCCGGAAUCCAAACAGACUUUUGGUCCAUUAUCUGACGUCCUCAUGAACCUCCAGCAUCAGAUUUUCCCCAGAUUUUUGGCCAUCGUCAGCCGGCGCGUGAGGAGCUUGGGCGGAACCUGACCCAGCACCAAGGGACAUCGGCGCUGGAUUCAGGUAAGUGGCUGAAGGGCUUUUAACCCCUUCAGCGACAUGGGAGAGGGGCCCAGAGGGGCGGGGGGGGGGGGAUCUUUUAAUGACUGUUUUCCUGGCACUAUAGAAUCCCUUUAAAAAAAGUCAGCUGUUGUCAUGUGAUACCGUGUACCUUGUUGUUGUUAUUAUUAUUAGCAUUUAUGUAGUGCCAUCAUUUUAUGGAGCACUUUACAAUUAUGCAUUGAGGAUAUUUAACAAUAAAUAAUUAACACACGAAAAUAAUGUUGACAGACGAAAGCGAUGCAGAAGGCCCUGCUCAAACAAUGACAAUUAUUUAUAUAGUACCAACAUUUUCUGCAGCGCUGUAGAAUAGGUUAAAAAAAAAAGACAAACUUCUAAUAAAAUACAUUUGACAAACAGGAAAAGUCGGCUAGGAAGGCCCAGCCCAAACAUGCAUAAAAUCGUCAAAAUUAAGCCGAGCGCUCAGACUUCCUCUACUCCUGGGUGGCAGAAACGACUAUGGUACACAUCUGCCCCAAUACAUACAAUAAAAAGCAAAGAAAUGUUUCUUGCGCACUAUUCCAAAUCCCUAUGCACAUUUAAAUAACUGGCAUUUUUUUAUAUCACUCCGAUGGCCAUUUAAGCUUACGAUCUAGUUCAUUAGCAAUCAUGACUGAGAAUCCCAGAAAACUUAGUUCACAAAAGUUCCACUACCGAACCAGUCAUUGAUGUAUUUAUAUUCAUUCUUUCACAGAACACCACGUAGUGCAAGACCUUCUGCUGGAUAUUCUGCAAGAUACAUCUUAAUAUAAAACCUCAAACCUUCUUCAAUUUCUAUACUUUAAGGGUGGUCAAAAGAUAGAUUCAUGGCUGAUGUAGGAUAACUACUCCAAUAAAGCUUUGCCAGCAUUAAGGUUUUUAGCGUCCCCUAGUUUAAAGUGUUUCCCAAAGUUACACCCACGUGAAGGUUACACAUUAAAACCAAUACAAUACACAGUGGAACAAAGAAUGACAUUGAUGGCAUUGGUUAGUGGCUAGUUAUACAGGCGGACUAGCAAGGGCAAAACCUGAAUUGACGGAUUUGGGCCACCAAUUACAUUGUUCUCAGUUCCUUAUAUGCCCAAAUGGACGGCAUCCAGAGUACUUUAAAUAUUUGAGUUCCAAAGGGGUUGUGUACUUGCAGGGGUCAAAUGUCAAUCUAUAAGUAAGAUUUGUCUUAUAAUAUGAUUUUUUUUUUUUCCUCAAGGUUGCAGUUCAUGAAAUCGGUCACGUUUUGGGUCUCUCUCACAUCUACCGACCCGGUUCAAUUAUGCAGCCCAAUUACAUUCCCCAAGAAUCAGGGUUUGAAUUGGACUGGUCUGACCGAAAAGCAAUACAAAGCCUAUACGGUAAGAGUAAUCUGUGUGGGGCAGCUAGUUAAAACUCCUAAAAUAGAGGUUUUUUUUUUUUUUUAGGAUUUGAAAAGGUUAGAGGUUUAUCAAAAUAGAAAGUAGCUUGGGGCUUCCCGAGGGAACGUGCGUCAAAAAACCAAUGAGAUUAAUGAUCCACACUACACCACAUCCAUCCAUCUCACCGUGCCAUGCAGCUUGCCUGCCUUACUGUACAUAAAUAGAUCACUGUUGGCUACUGUACAGCCAUUAGAUGGAUCUUAAGAAAAUUACUUUUGGAUUAUGGCUGUCACUGUGCAAAAUUGAUGACUAUGCUGUAAUAAUAGUGUGCCACUGGUGCAUAUUAAUGCAUUGAAAUCUCAACUUAGAAUUUAAUUUAACCAAUUUGAAGCCAGGGGAUGUGUAAGUGAAGCAGGAAUCUAUUUUACAACUCUAGCACACGCUUGUAAAAGUGUUUAAUAAACUCAUUAUUUGUGGUUAACCUUGUCAGCAAGUGAUGGGUUUUCUUAGAAGCUCACUAUGAGUAAUCUCGUCAUACUAAAGGCUUCAAUUAAAUAUUGUUUGACAAGCUUCCAAAAUGACUUAAUAUUUUGGAUAAACUGUUAUUAGUAAAUUAUUUUCUCAACAUAAUAAAAUAGCAAAAAUAUAUCAUAUAUAUAAAAAAAUAAUAUUUUUCAUAAUAUUAAAUUGCUUAAGUGUGUAUCUAAAAAUAUGAAAUCAUUUGAAAAGCUCAUUCAACAUUAUUUAUCGAGGCCUAAGUAGGAUCCAAGGUUCCCCCAUCUGAGAGCCUAUUAAUUUUCUUAAAGGAACAUUUAAAGCAUUAGGAAUUCAAACCUGUAUUUCGAAGUCUGUAGUGUCCCUGUCUGCCAAACCUCCUCGUUCACCAUAAAUUAAAUUUAAAAAGAAAAAGAAAGGCUUUUCCAUCAGAGACUCCCUUGGUGAUGCUGUCCUUUCCUCCUCCCUCAACAUAAUUGAGGAGGCAUGGCUUUCUCUGGUGAUGGUCCAAUCCCAAGCUUCUCCUGGAGAAGCAUUGGGGACCUGAUGCUCAUGUGCAGUAAGUGCUGUGUGAGCAUUCAAGUUUCCCCAUAGGAAAACAUUGAAUUCAGUGCUUUCCUAUGAGCACCAAUCUGUGAUGUUCGACGUUUAACACCGCUUGACCAAGUUUUACUCUGUCGUUGCAGUGGAAGCGUCUCUAGUCUGACAGUAUGAGCUUGUUUAACCCUUCAAAUUAAACAUUACCAUUUUUGAAAAACAGCAAGGUUUUACCUUGAAUGGAUAAAAUGACCGGAUAACUGCACCCAGGCCACUUCAGUGAGAUGAAGUGGCAUGGGUGAUUGUAGUGGUCCUUUAAUAUGCUAAAUGCAAGAAGGAUAGGGAGUUCAUUACCAGACUAUAUGUGGUCUGUGCUGCGACCCACAAUAGGUUAAAACACAGGAAUUCAGACUGGCACAAUUCCUCAAACAAGGCAUGAACAGAAGGUGAAACAUCUUUAUUUAAAAUACAAAUAAAUACAGAUUGCAUAUUAUAUGUGACAAAUGUUUUCGCUCACUUUAUGUUACCAACUGUGUGUAAUCAUUUUAUAUUCUUUUCCUGUGUCAAAAUAAAUUUUAUUUUUAUGCAGAGUAAACUUAUCACGGAUGAGAGGUUGAGAGCACAAGCCAUUAUUUCUGAUUAUAACAGAAGGUGUUUUAUGGGGAAGUUUGUUCUUGACUUGAAAUUGUGACAUGCAGCUGUGAAACUAAAUGCAGAUUACACGUGUUGUAAUGUUAAAAACAGACCUACCCCCGUGCACGAGGUUUAUCAACAAAGUAACAAUCCGUUCGUGCACCUGUCUGACUAAGACAGUAACACUUAGAAAUGGUAAAAGCCUAUUUCUGAUAAAGUGAUUCUUUUUGUUGUUGUUUUUAUAUAUAUAUAUAUAUAUAUAUAUAUAUAUAUAUAUAUAUAUAUAUUCUUUUUUCCUCUUUUUUUUAAUUUACCUAUUUUUUCCACUUUUCUUGUUCAUUCUCGGACAGCUCUAGGCUCCCUGCUAUUGAACGUUUUGUACGAAGGAUUGUUAAGCAUUUUUUUUUCGUUCUUGGCUUUCAUAUAAAGAAUCACGGCAUGCAGUGGAUUGCAUUCAGAAGACAGAACAUUAAACAAGUAAAUUAGGCCAUCUUUUUACUGGUUUUUCUCACAUCCAGGUGUCACAUUAUCAUUUUUUUUUUCCUCAGGACGAAAGCAAUCUUUAUAAAGUGUCUUUUUGACACAGAGAGCGAGAAAUCUUCUUUCCUGUUCGUCAAAUAAUUCUACAAGUUCUGAAUAAAUCUUUCUAGAAGCCUGCUGAAAUACAGCAAUCUUCUAAAGCAACAUUUAGUCUGGUUUUUGUCUGAUCGCACAUACCUAAUAAACAGUGCUUAUGUCAUGUAAAGCAUUUCAUUCAUUAAAAGAAUAUGAUACAGAAAUCCAGUAAAGGCUGCAAAAUCUCUUACCAUAAACAUAAACAGCGAUCUAUAAUUAAGACUGGGAGGGGGGAGAGAGAAUCGUAAUGUGUUUUUCACUGUACUUGUAUAUCACAGAAUGUUAGAUCUUUAAAUGUUCUCCCUUAUUGUAUUCUACAUGAAGUCCAACAAAAAUUUGAAAAAUAUUACAAACGCCUAAAGUACUUUAGCUCGCUGAAGUGUUUUAUGUGUGUAGUGUAUCUUAUUUCAUUUUGCAAAAAGUGCAGAUUUCAAUCAAAAUUGCUCUUUUAUAAAUUAACCUUUUUAUACACCCUGGCUGUCAAACAGGCAACUGGUCCUAUGUUAUGUUAUGGUGGGUUAGAUCAAUGGAGGUAAAUUCAGGUGUCAGACAUUUGCAUUGCAAAGAUUUCUCAUUGAGCUGCAAUGGAAAGUCUGUGAUUGGACAGCUACAGCAGGUCUGGGCAGGGUUGGAAGGGGAGGGCUUGCAAAGACUGCAGAGUACCAUGUGUUCUGCAUAGUACUAUUUGUACAAAUUUUUAAGACGUGAUAGUGAUCUACGGACCCGCCAUUUUAGCACUUUUGUAUUCGAUGGAAUUUGUUAGUUAUGUAUAUUUCAGUUAGUAGUUGGUUUAGGAAAUGGGGUAAAACGCGCCAGGGUUGAGGUAACCUCAAUCUCACGUUCUAGAUGUAGGGAUUGGCAUCGGAAACAAAAGGGUCUGGGAGUUGGGGUUAACGUAAUUAAAUUGAGGAUUAGGGGUAAAGGGGAAAGUUUGGAUUUAACUUUCGAGGUAUUAAGAAGCAUGACCGACUUAUACUCGGUCGUUGCAGUGGAUGCAUCUCUAGUGGCUGUCAACAUGGUAGCGUCUCAAGGUUAUUGGUAUUAGAAUUGGACAGAGCUUAACGUAUGGUUCCCAUCAAUUACGGCAACACGGAUUCCAAAACAUCACUUAGAUCUGUCAGUCAUCCUGAACUAAUUAAAGAUCCCUCAUCAGAUGAGUUGCUAAUUCAGUUUUGCUUUAUUUAAAGUACUUUUUCUUUAAUUUUGCUUUCAGGUUCUUGUGAAGGACCUUUUGAUACAGCCUUUGAUUGGGUUCAUAAGGAGAGGAACCAAUAUGGGGAGAUGGUUGUGAGAUACAACUCUUACUUCUUCAGAAAUGGUUGGUACUGGAUGUACGAAAAUCGAAAUAAUAGGACACGGUACGGAGAUCCAAUUCCUAUAUCUACAGGUUGGCCAGGAAUUCCCAUCCAGAACAUUAAUGCUUUUCUUCACGUGUGGACUUGGACUAGAGAUGCCACUUAUUUUUUCAAAGGUAUGAGCUAUUUUUUGGUAAAAAUGUAAUGAACAAUUUCUUGCCAAUAUGGGCUUCUCAUCAAUAUUUUCUUUUCUCAAAGAUGCUCUUUUCCAUACAUCUGAAUUGUAGAAUCUGAUUCUGAUUGGUCCCAGUAUCACAUAUGCUCUGCAGUCUUUUAUAAUCAGCAACUGUCUUUAAGGGUCUUAAAAUUGGCAUGCCAUUUCAAGAUGAGUACCAGUGGGAAACAUUGGGAACACUGUUUUAAACUGCAUUUAUAUGUAAAAAUAAACAAAAAUUUAAAAAAUAUUAGUGACCAUGUAAUUUUGAUGUGGGUUCAAGGCAGACAUAAGCCAUUUUGAAGAUUCCGGCCUUCCAGGUCUCAGUGCAGAUUAGAAAGUUAUGACUACUUACAGACACAUAACUUUAAUUGUUGGACUUCAAUUACCAUAAUUUACAGUUCCUGUUGGACUUCCAACUCCUGUCACAGCCAGUCAGAGUUGUAAUUCAAAAACAUACUGGAGAAGCAUGGGUUUAUUAGCAAUUUAUCUCUCUGGGCUUUGUAAUCAGAUAGCUAAGAUUAAUAUCUUAUUUCCUUAAUAUUAAAUAUAGCUGAUAUUUUAAAAUGAAAAUAUAAUUUCUGUGAAACAAAAAAGUUCAUAAUAAAUACCGUAGUUCAAUCUCCUUAGUUAUUGUUAACUUCCUAUAGAUAAGGCAUUAACAUUACUUUAUGAGUAGUGGGCAGAUUGGUUUUAAUCACAAACCACUUUCUUGUCUGGCAUAUUGUAAAUUCAGAGAGAUUUACUGAGAUACUUGAUGUAACAUUUGAAUUUGAAGUUGAAUGAAGGUCUAGCAUGCAUUUGUAUGGUAAGAAAUCUACAAACAGGAAUUACCUGAACAUUUUGCAAACAGUGUAUGUACUCUUUAUCAUCAACUAACAAAGCUAUAGCAAAUUAGCUGGAAUUAUCAUAUAACAAAAAAAAGGCUGCAGAGCGUAUGUGAUAUCUGCAAUCAGACAUAUUUUGUGAUUAACUGCUGACUACAGGAUUUUAUAAGACAGUCACUUUAGAUGUACACUAUUCGCACCAUUUUUUUUCAUUCUACUUCCACUUUUUACAUAAAACCAAAGGCUGUGGUAAUUUUAUAUAUUUUAUUUUAAAAGGGGAGUCUUCAUGAAAUAAUAAUUUUGUACGUUUUCCUGUUUCAAAAGGUCAGUGAUGAUUAACAAAUAUAUAUUUAUAUAUGAAAUGGCAGAAAGAGUUCAAAUCUGUGCAGUAUUCUAACUACAGAGUCUGAGUGACAUUGCAUUCAUUGACAGCAAGUAGUGGGGAUAGAUAUACACAGAAUAAAACUGGGGUGUUUAAAGGAAUUCUAUUGUGUAAGGAAUACAAAUCUGUAUACCUAGUGUCCCCAGCCCCCUCCCAGCCUCCCUCAAACAACUUCGGAUUACUCACUCGAUUCCAGCGCCAAAAUCCCUCAGCGUUCCGCCUCUUCCUUAAUCUGACGGGGGACCUAAUGUGCAUGCGUGGCGAUUGCAUUAGGCCCUCCCAAAUAAAGGCACUGAUUCAAUGCUUUCUUAUGUGGAUUAUAAUGAUGCUGGAUGUCCUCAUGCAUAGCGUGCAUAGCAUCAGUUAUGUGACCUGGAGUCCAUUAGGAUCCAGUAUGCGCCUCUAGUGGCUCUCUGAUUGACAGCCACUAGAGGCAAUCAUAGUCCUGCAAUGUAAUAAUCGCAGUUUAUCAAAAACGGCAAUGAUUUACAUUGCAGGACUAAGUGGAAUCUGGAUAUUGCACCCAGACCACUUCGAUAAACGUAAAUGGUCUUGGUGCUGUCAGAGAUAUUGUGUAGGAAGGAAAUAUGUAUAUAUUGUGUGAUUAAAAAAAUACAUGCAUAAUAGCAAAAACACAAUUUAGCUAAUAUGCCAUAAGGUGCUAAAGUGAAGAAACAAGAUGUUUUUCUCAAAGUAUGACCCUGUCAGCUAAAAGAGCCACACAGUGAGUAAUACAUCUGUAUCAAUAAAAGAUAAGAAAACAGAUAAGACAAGUAUGUGUUAAUUAAAAGUAUGUGUUCAGCAAACACAUAUAUCACUCAAAGUAUAAAAGUUUCAUUAUAUAUAAAAAUAGAAAUAUAGUGUGAUAUAUCCUAAGUUAGCAAUUUACAUAUAUAGAAAAUAGAUAUAUGUAUGUAAUUAGCAAUAAGGAUAAAGUAAGUAGACAGCUUAAAUAUCCUGACAUUGCCAUAACGCUUAGGUGAGCAAGGACACAUUGGGUUAUUGGUGUGAGAGAGAAAAGAAGAAAUGCUGACCAAAGCAUCUUGAAAUUAAACAUCCCUAAAUUGUCCUGAACAAAGUUUAACCCUAUAUGAUAAUAGCUGGUAACAUUCCUGAUGUAGACCACAGCUCCAUCUACUAUUUAAGAUAUAUAGAAAUAUAUAUCUCAAAAUGACGUCAACAGCCAUUAACAUAAUGACUUGCCACAAAAUGUAAUUGGGCCAGGUCAGAAGGUUAACAUAUAAGGUAUGACAUAUAACCCCAUGAUAAACACACCUAAAAGAUACACAGAGAGACACACAUAAGGAGAAAGGAGAUAGGACACAAUUCUGGGCUAGCUGGUAAAACAUUGUCGUAGAACUUUGUGUAUAGAUCACCUGAGUAAAUAACAAACUCAGUCCAGCUAAGUCUAAUGAAUGGUGUUUACAAUAAGCAAAAAAAACACGUAUUUGUAAAUUGUACUAAGAAGUAAAAAGCUAAGAUUGUAUUUUAAGAUCCUGAAAAAUUGUGUCUUUAAAUUAUAAUAAUCCAUAUGCUGAUAAACUCAUAUGGUUCCUUAUAAAUUAAAAUAGUAACAUUCUGUUAAUUGUCUCAAUCAAUAGUGUAUGAAGAACAUAUCACUAUAUAUAUACACACACACACACACACAUAUAUAUUUAUGUAAUAUUUUUAUAUAGUUAGGUUAUUUUAUUUAUUACAAUGUGCAGGACCUGAAGAAAGUCCAGGGAAUUUAAUUUGCUAGCACUAUAUUUAACCCUGUAACUUUCUAAGACACCAUAAAACCUGUACAUGGGGGGUACUGUUUUACUCGGGAGACUUCACUGAACAUAAAUAUUAGUGUUUCAAAACAGUAAAAUGUAUUACAACGAUGAUAUAGUCAGUGAGUGACAUUUUUUGCAUUUUGGCACUUACACGGACAUAAUUGUGAUCCGUUUUACUGUUUUAAAACACUAAUAUGUGUGUUCAGCAAAGUCUCCAGAGUUAACAGUAUCCCUCAUGUACAGGUUUUAUGGUGUAUUUAAUAGUUACAAAGUUAAAUAAAAGGCUUGCAUUUCAGUUUUUUCACAUUGAAAUUCGCUAGAUUGGUUACGUUGCUUUUGAGACCGUAUGGUAGUCCAGGAAUAAAAAUUACCCCCAUGAUGGCAUACCAUUUGCAAUAGUAGACAACACAAGGUAAUGCAAAUGGUGUAGGUCCAGUCUUUUUUAGAAGCCACUUAGUCACAAACACUGGCCAAAAUUGGCUUUCAAAUUCGUUUUUUGCAUUUUUCACACACAAACAAAUAUUAACGCUAACUUUGGCCAGUGUUUGUGACCAAGUGGCUACUAAAAAAGACUGGACAUACCCCAUUUGCAAUACCUUGGGUUCUCUACUAUUGCAAAUGGUAUGCCAUCAUGGGGGUAAUUCUCAUUCCUGGGAUACCAUACGGUUUCAAAGGCAAUAUAACCAAUCUGGAGAAUUUCGAUGUGAAAAUAAAACAGAAAUAUGUAACAUGUUAUAUUUGACCCUGUAACUUCCCAAAACACCAUAAAACCUUUACGUAGAGGGUACUGUUUUACAUGUGAGCCAUCACUGAAUACAAAGGGAGGGAGGGAAAGGAGUAGGGUGGGGCCAACAAAAUUAUCAGCUGGCAUGGGAUGGGAUGCAGUUGGAGUGGUAGGUGAGACAUGACCCUACUCUUGCAGGCUCUUGUAUGCAAGUCAGAAACAGUUACUUUGGAUAUUUAUAUAUGUGACAUGUUGAGUUCCUAGAUACCCAUAUACUAGGCUUUUUCUUGUAACUAUAUAUCUAAAAUACAAAUACCUGUAGUUGCAAUCGUUUAUAUCCUGUAACUAUAUCCACAAGAUACAAAUACUUGUAGUUACAAUUUAUUAUAUCUCCUGGUGCAAAUCCGAUCUACAAAAUAUUUAGAUGGGUUCUUGCUCGGCAAGGUAUCAGACAUAUUCAAACCUGUUACAACAGGCUUCAGAGUACGGCCCUAUUUUAACUAUUUCAUGUUUUGUCCUUUUUUCUCUUUCUUUGCACUUUCUAAAUCACAAAUUUAUUGUCUUUCGUUCUCAAUAUGUAUACCCAACUAGGGACUCAAAGUUAUUUUUUUCCUUUGGGUUUUUAUAAAUCUAGGCACUAUAUGCCUAUCACUAAAGCCUCUAUUAGGGGUAUCGGAUGGAUAUAGUGCUUGCAUUUUUGUGCAAAUCCUUUUCAGUCUUUCUAAUUAUCCUUACCCUGGGUUAUGCUCACAAUACCCUACAACCCACUACAGCUCCGGUCAGGGGCGUAUUAGCCGCGAGGCAAACAAGGCAUUUGCCUUGGGCGGCAUUUUUCAGGGGGCGGCAAAAAACGCCGCCCCCCAAAUGCCCAAGGCAAAUGCAGGGGUGUAUUAGCCGCGAGGCAAACAAGGCAUUUGCCUUGGGCGGCAUUUUUCAGGGGGCGGCAAAAAAUGCCGCCCCCCAAAUGCCCAAGGCAAAUGUCUUGUUAGCCUCGCGGCUAACAGACAUUCUGGGCGCUGGGCGGCAGUGGCUGCAGCGCUGGGCGAGCGGGCGGGCGAGCGGCCGGCGAGGGAGCUCUUCCCCUGAGCGCUCUGCUCAGCUCCCUCGCGCGCCGCCAGCAGAGUGAGGCUGGGAGCCGGGUUGAUGACGUCAUAUUCCGGCUCCCACCCUCACUCUGCUGGCGGCUGAGGAAACUGGCGAAGCACUGCACUCGGCCGCCCUUCCACCACCAGGGAAGAACCCCCAGCAUUACCAAAGGUAAGGAGGCUGGGGGUUAAAAAAAACUAGUGAGUGUGUGUAUGGAUGUCUGUUAGUGUGUGUAUGUAUGUUAGUGUGUGUAUGUUAGUGUGUGUGUGUAUGUUAGUUAGUGUGUGUAUGGAUGUCUGUUAGUGUGUGUAUGUUAGUGUGUGUGUGUCUGUUAGUGUGUGUGUUUGCCUGUGAGUGUGUCCGUUAGUGAGUGUGAGUGUGUUAGCUAGUGAAUGCGUAUCUGUCAGUGAAUGUGUGUGUGUGUGUGUAUUUAGAAGGCGGAGCAGGGGGGAAGGUUGGGUGGCAGUUGCGCGGGGAGGUGCCUGAGUUUUGUCCUGCCUAGGGCAGCACAAAACCAGGAUACACCACUGGGCAAAUGUCUUGUUAGCCUCGCGGCUAACAGACAUUCUGUGCGCUGGGCGGCAGUGGCUGCAGCGCUGGGCGGGCGGCCGGCGAGGGAGCUCUUCCCCUGAGCGCUCUGCUCAGCUCCCUCGCGCGCCGCCAGCAGAGUGAGGCUGGGAGCCGGGUUGAUGACGUCAUAUUCCGGCUCCCAGCCUCACUCUGCUGGCGGCGCGCGAGGGAGCUGAGCAGAGCGCUCAGGGGAAGAGCUCCCUCGGCGGCCGCCCGCCCUGCAGCCACUGGACCCCAGGGAGAGGAAGAACCCCCCCCAGCAUUACCAAAGGUAAGGAGGCUGGGGGGGGUUAAAUAAAAAAAUUAAAAAAAAACUAGUGAGUGUGUGUAUGGAUGUCUGUUAGUGUGUGUAUGUAUGUUAGUGUGUGUAUGUUAGUGUGUGUGUAUGGAUGUCUGUUAGUGUGUGUAUGGAUGUCUGUUAGUGUGUGUAUGUUAGUGUGUGUGUAUGGAUGUCUGUUAGUGUGUGUAUGUUAGUGUGUGUGUGUGGAUGUCUGUUAGUGUGUGUAUGUUAGUGUGUGUGUGUGGAUGUCUGUUAGUGUGUGUGUGUUAGUGUGUGUGUGUCUGUUAGUGUGGAUGUCUGUUAGUGUGUGUGUUUGCCUGUUAGUGUGUGUGUGUUUGCCUGUGAGUGUCCGUUAGUGAGUGUGUGUAUGUUAGCUAGUGAAUGCGUAUCUGUCAGUGAAUGUGUGUGUGUGUGUAUAUGGAAGGCGGAGCAGGGGGGAAGGUUGGGUGGCGGUUGCGCGGGGGGGUGCCUGAGUUUUGUCCUGCCUAGGGCAGCACAAAACCAGGAUACACCACUGGCUCCGGUGAGGAGUUUUUCCCUCUUUGACCGACGCUGUAUAUUUCCACUCCAUAACCAAUACAUUGGGCUGUUCUUUUAAACGUGAACAUAGCAAGAUUGGCAUUGGCAUUACAUAGAAUUUUAAAGUUAAAUGCCUCACAGCUUAUCAGGUGUGAGAUGUGUGGUGAAGAUAUCACUCAUCUGCCAGUGGGGCAGACGCCUUCUUUAGUGGGCAAAAGACUUCGAUAGAGUCCCCUCUAUCAGGUUUAUAUUUAAAAACCCUAAGUGUCUUACUGUAGUAUUGACUAUGUUUGAGCACAGUAACUGGCAUACUUCAAGUUCUCGAGGCAUCUUAAUAAUGCAGAUAGGUUUUCUUAUAAUUACUUUGUUAAUGUAGUUUUUAUUUUAAAAAGUCCAAAUCUUCUGUUUCUUUAAUAAAUCUUAUAUUUUAUUAGUUUUACCCACACAGGGACUGUACUUUAAUCACUAAUUCCGCACAAAGCAUUAUAAUGUCCCCAAUAAAUUUCACCCUCUGAACCUGCCCCUUAUUAAAAAUAAAUGCAGUUAAUGGGGAAUGACUACAAACAAGGAAUGUGAUUUGUGAGUAGAAAGUAAAAUAAUAAUUAUAAAACAAUAUGCAAUGUAGAUCUCCAUAUAUAAUUUUGUAACAGAAUAAACAUGUCUUUAAUGCAACAACAAUAAACGUUUACCAUGUGACUUCCCUUUCAAGGUAUUCAGUACUGGCGUUAUGACAGAGACAAAGACCAGGCCUACGCACAAGAUUCCCAAGGACAGACUUACCCAAGGCUCAUCUCGGAGGGCUUUCCCGGGAUCCCAAGCCCAAUCGACACAGCUUUUUUUGACAGACGUACUCAACAUGUAUUCUUCUUUAGAGAGACACAGGUAAAUGUAGUUAACCUUUACUUUUGAAGAUUGCAUGAAAGCUACCUUUAAGUAGAAUGUUUUAUGGAUAUUGAUGAUCAUAGUGGGGUCAAUGAAGGAUUGGUUUGUAUAAUAGCAUGUUAACAAAUCAUGCUUUGCUGUACGAAAAUGCCAUCUUCAUUUUUUUCUUUGAUGAAGCAUUGGCAGUGAUAAUAGCCAUCUGGUAUUGUAGAGGCAAUAGAGAGCCUUUGAGUAAGUUAGUUAUGCUCAUUGCUGAUUACACUGUGUCCAUUGAAGCUUUUACCGUUACCUCCGGGGGAUCUUGUUGCCAUGUUGAAUUACAUAAGAUAGCCCAUCAGAAGCUCAUGAUUUACCCUCCACUUAAUAACACGCACACAGAGCUGAGAAUUAAAAUCAUAUCCUAUAUAUAUUAUUUAAAUAUUUUAUAUAAGCCUUGAAUUUACAAGAAUACCUAAUUUUCAUGAUUUAAAAAAAAGAAAGACAUUUUUUUUUUAAUAUGAUGUGUCACUAAACACAAUGUGAUUAUAUAUUCUAAAAACCCCUCCAUUAGCCAAAGCGUACACACACACACUGGUCUAAUUUCCUUCUACCUUCUGCAAAGCACAUUGGAUAUAGAUGCCUGGGUUUAUGAAUGAAGCUGUGUUUACAAUAGGUGGGUUUAUAACAUUGUUUAUAAUUUGAUAGAAUUUUGGGAUUAUGUAUUCUCAAAAACAUCAGGAAAUUCCAUACAAAUUUCCAUCGACCAUGCAUUGCUUACUUAUUGUAUAAAAAUGCAAUGUGACCAGCUAUUCUCAUGGCACAUGUAUGAUAUGCCAGCACAUGCCAAUAUUCCUGCAGAUUUUUUUUUCUUUAGUUUUCUGAGCAGCAAUUCAGACACAAGAUUGUUUUUUGUACUUGAUAUGCUAACUCUGCACGUCAUAUUUCAAAUAAAUCCUAAAACACACAGGGAUAUUUACUAAAGUGAAAAUUCAAAGUUGAUUUAAAAAUGAAUUUCAAGUUUCACUAUACUAUAGUGUCAGGAAUAGAAGCAUUUAUAGAAACACUAUGGUUUUAACACCACUAUUUAAGUCCCCCACCCCCUCUUCUGCCUCUAAAAGGUGAGAUCACUCCCAUGGGAAAGCAUUGCGCAUGCACUGCAAAAUGCUGUGCUGUCUCAAUCAGCAUCUUCUCAUAGAGAUGCAUUGAGGAGCACUGACCCAGGAAGAACUUCUAGUGGCCAGCUCAGUAACUGCCACUAGAGGUAAACACUGCCUUUUCUAAGAAGGGAUAUACGAUAGCCACCAGAACAAUUGCAUUAAGAGCUGUAUUUGUUCUGGCGACUAUAGUGUCCCGUUAAGGUCAAAAGAGCCAAACUGAAGAAGAAAAAAAAAAAAAAAAUUCUCCAGCCCUCUUUUGUACAGAACAGAAUAAUUCCCUAUUGCCAUUAUUAUAUCAGUCCCCCUACAAAAACAUCACUGGAUCAGUGCUGUGGUCCAAUCAAAGGUUUCUCAUAGAGAAGGGAUUAAAAAAAAAAAAAGCAGCAGAGUGGAUAGGGCGGGUGGGAGGACUACAUUCAGCGUGGAAGCGAGAAGCAGUUACAUCUGUCGGCAGCAUGCGGUGCGUAUGGACAACAUAGGUAAAUUAUGCACAGAAUUGAUAGUAGGUAGCCUGGAACACAGUUCUGGGCGGCCUAAGUCGCGUGCCCUGGGGAUGCAACUUGCCCACCGCACUAGUUUUCAAGCAUCUCAUGAUGUGCAAACACACACUCCUACCACCAAAUCACCGACGUGGUUAUGGUGGCUGGGUAACCCUUUAAGCCAGCGCUAUACUUUCUUAUGUUUGGCUUCUCGGUCUUAAAAUGGAAAUUCACCAUGAAUUUUUACUUUAGUAAGUGACCCGGCGAGUAGUGACAUGGUUUUAAAUACAUAACAGAGCAUUAAAGAGAGAUAAAAGAGAAUAUGUGAGGGUUAAGGUUGGGGAAGAUCCAUAAAAAUGGGUAAAGGGAAAUCUGCCCCAUCUCUCUCUCCUGACUGCCUCCAUGUUCUUAUAUGGAGAUAUCAGCUUCAUCUGCCAAGAUCUGUGUCACUAGUAUACGCGCAUGAACUUAUACAUUUUUAUUCACUAAAGGGGGAUUCCAAGUGAAAUAAAAAAUUAUGGAUAAAGUAGCCAUACUGGAAGCACGGCUGACUUGCAGAAUUACAAGUCAUUGCGAUCUUUGUGUUUUUUCAUGAAGAUAUAAUUUUUAUGAAAAACACAGGGGCCUUAUUAAUAAUGACUAUAAAAUGAAAGAUUCUUGAUAAGAUAUGUGGCACAUGUUUUUAUAAUGCAGUUCAGAAUUUUAAGUUACAGAUUUUUUUCCACUCUCUUAGGUUUAUGCUUUUGACAUCAAUCGAAAUAAAGUUGCUCCAAAUUUUCCCAAGAGAAUCAUUGAUGUUUUUCCAGCAAUUGUACCAAACAAUCACCCACGAGGACACAUUAAUGCAGCCUAUUAUUCAUACAUGCAUAGCUCCCUCUUUCUUUUCAAAGGUAAGGAGUUUUGGAAAGUAGUCAAUGACAAAGACCGGAGGAAAAACCCAUCUCUUCCCUACAACGGAUUGUAUCCUAAGAGACCAAUUUCCCAGCAGUGGUUUGAUAUCUGCAAUGUACACACAUCACUAUUAAAAAUUUAGCAUCUUGGGAAAAUCAAGAGAGAGAAUGGACUUGUAAAAUGACAAAGGAUGUAAAAUCUGCAAUAUGGACUAUAACAUUAGGGUUCAAUUAGGAUCCAUGGAAGCACAAACAUGUAUUCCUGACACUAUAGUGUUAAAACCAUCAUCUAACACCCCUGGCCCAAUACAUCUAGUAAAAUCUUACCUUUAUUCCAGCCUGCUGCUGGCUCUGCUGUGAUCUGCCUCCUCAGCUUAGCAACCUGUUUGGUUGAGUGCAGUCCCUGUUUUCUUUAAUUUUGACAAUUUUUAUUAAGAUUUUCAGGGGGGGAGGGGGGAGAAAUACCAUAUAUACAUUUCAAUACCCAUUACAGCCAAAUAUUCCGCAGCAUGCGGCUCUUAACAUUUUGCUAGUAAUCGCAGCAUAGUACAUUAUAACAUUUUUAUAUUUUCGUUUUUUUACUGUACCAUUUCAAUGGUGUGUCAUGAUGGACUGUGUAAAAGAGAGUCCUGCACAUGGCAGCAAACUCUGUGCUGUACUUAAAGAUUUAG